UUUGUGCCUUGUCCUGAGUGCCCUCAUUCUCCGCAUCUGCCGGUUCGGCUUGGCGACAGCUUGGCGAGGUCCACAAAGCGGCACCUGUACGAGCCUUGGCCCGCGAUCGCUGCGACCCAAGACUUUGUCACCUGCCCGAAACAGGUCCAAUUCGGUGGCGCCUUAUCAUGAAAUUUAGAGAGUGCGGAGCAGAUCUCCUCACAACGGUCCAACAUGACGGACAGAGGCGGCUUUGUCUUCUCGGCCCGGGGACAGGCGAGUUACUUUAUAAGCGCUUGAGUGCCACCAGUCUGCGCAAUUGACACCUUGUGGCAGGGCUGUCCGUCUUCAAUUGUGAUCCAGCCAAGUCGCACACGUCUUCCUGUGUGUGUCGCUCACAGUCUCAAGCCAAGAUGAAGACUACCCAAGUCGUCCCAUGGCUCGCCAUGGUCGCCGGCGUCGUUGCUAGCCCGGCACCUCCUGGUCACAGCCCUCCGUCAUGUGGUCACCCGCCUCACCCUCCUCCUCCUCCUCCUCCUCCUCCUCCCCCGCCGCCGCCGCCUCCUCCGCCGCCUCCGGGACCUGGCCGCCCGAUUGUCGAGUCCAAGAAGCUGCAGGACCUUAUUGAGGAGAAGAACAUCUGGUCCACGCUCGAGUCCCUCAACACGAUUGCCUACGCCAAUGGCGGCAACCGCGCAUUCGGCCUGCCGGGCUACGCGGCCUCGGUCGACUUCAUCUACGGCGAGAUCUCCAAGCUGAGCCAGUACACAGUCUGGAAGCAGGACUUUGAGGCGCGAUUCGCCCAGGUCACCGACAUCUCCUUGACCGUCGAGGACACGUCCUACUACGUCUUUGGGCUCACCUACUCGCCCUCGACCACCCCCGAGGGCCUCACCGCGCAGGUCGUGUCUGCCCCGGCGGGCAACCUGUCCUGCAACGCGGCCAACUACGCCGGGAUCGACGUCCAGGACAAGAUUGUGCUCGUCCAGCGCGGCGCGUGCCCGGACGGGACCACGUUCGCGGGCAAGAUCCGCCCGGCCGCGGCCGCCGGUGCCGCCGCCGUCAUCAUCUACAACAACGUCGCCACCAACCUCACCGCGGGCACGCUAUCGAACCCGAGCCCCGAGUUCGUCCCCGCCGGCGGGAUCAACAUGAACGACGGCCUGGCGCUGCAGGCGCGCCUCGACGCCGGGGAGACGUUCGAGGCGUUCUUCCAGGAGACGCAGGUGAUUGAGAACCGCACGACGCAGAACGUCUUUGCCGAGACCAACUACGGUGACCCGCGCAACGUGGUCGUGCUGGGAGGGCACCUGGACUCGGUGCAGGCCGGCCCGGGCAUCAACGACGACGGGUCCGGCACGGCGCUCGUGCUCGAGAUUGCCCGGCAGAUGGAUAAGUUCACCUCGCCCAACAAGCUGCGCUUCGCUUGGUGGGGAGCCGAGGAGAAUGGCCUGCUCGGCAGCAAGGCGUACUGCGAGGGGCUCGCGGGCACCGACGAGGCCGACGACGUGCUGGCGUACCUCAACUUUGACAUGGUCUCGCGCGGCUACUACGGCGUUUUCGACGCCGACGGCACCACGCACGGCGUCGUUGCGCCGGCCGGGUCAGAGGUCAUUGAGCGGCUCUUUACCGAGCACUUUAACGCCAAGGGCAUAGUCACCACCGAGGCGCCGAUGACCAACGGCACCGACUACGCGUCCUUCUGGAAGAUCCUGGGUAAACCCUUCGGCGGACUAUCAACGGGCACGGCGCCUGCACAGGAUCCGUGCUAUCAUCAGGCUUGCGAUAGCAUCCAGAAUCCCAACGGCACGACCAUCACCAACAAUGCCAAGGUCAGUCAUGUUUGUUGGUUGUUGGCCGCUUGUUCCCGGGGAGAGUUUGCUGACUAACAUGAGAUUACAGGCCGCCGCACACGUCAUGACUACGCUUGCUCUCGACGGAGUCAACCUGAUUCCCAAGCCUGUGGGCAAUAGCACGCGCCUGCUCGCGAGGGCCGAGCCGAUCAACUGGGGGUAUGACUUUGACGCCUUGAGCUUCUUGGAGGGCACAGAGGAGAGACAUCUCCUCAGCUGCGGCCACGAGGUCUAGAAAGGGUCGAACAGAAAGGUUUCGGACUUUCCAUAGAGCUUACGAAAUACAGGUCAUAUUACAAUGUUGGCGUGAAGUCUUAGGCGAGGCCAGGCAGAAAACUCCACCGUGUGAAUGAU